GACACAGUCCAGUAGCCGGUGCUGCAGCUCAUACAGAGACACACCACUUCCACCCGGAUCGACACUCAGAAAUGGUUCGUCAAAGUGACUCUUGCGUCGCCAGUUCAGCCUUUCUGCUGUUCUCGGUGCUGAUUUCAGCGGCUUCGGUCCCGGCUGAUGCUUCCCCGGACCGGUCCAAGACGGUGGAGUUCAAUGUGAAACCCGGAGGAGUGGUGCACAGUUUCAGCGAAAAUAUCGGGGAUUAUGAAUGCUCAUUCACGUAUGCCUCACAAGGGGGAACCAAUGAGCAAUGGAUGAUGAGUGUUGGCCUGAGCGAUGAUGACAGACUGUUUUCCUGCUCUGUGUGGAGGCCUCAGGGGAAAUCGUACCUGUUUUUCACUCAGUUCAAAGCUGAACUUAAAGGAACCAAAAUCGAAUAUGCCGAUGCUUAUUCGCAGACGUCAGCAUCGGGACAAAGUGACGUACCUUUGAAGCCAGAGGAAUUUACUGUCAGCGAAUCAACAGUGACCCACAAUGAUGGAAAGUUCAGUGCUCAGCUCUCCAAACUGACUGCCAUUGGACGGACGCGACACGACGAGCUGUGAUUAGACAGAGGUGUAUCGCACUCGGAUCAGUCAGAGCACCGAGUGGAGCUCAGAGUCGGGUCUUUGUGUUUCAGUCAUCAAAAGGCUGAGUUUCGUCUUGAGUUAUUAUCAAAAAUUGGGGGGAAAGCACUCAGUGUCAGUACAUAAUUUCUUUUUUCUUACCGUAGUGAAUUCGUGCUACUUGAAAUGAAGGGAGGUAUAGCCAGUGAGGCACCAGUGGAGCAAACAGAUUUUUUGUUCUAGUUAAAUUGUGCCUAAAGAAAAUGUGCUUUUAUAGCUGGCUCUUAGUUUCUGAAACUAUGAGAUUUACAGAGAAUAAUACUGCUCUGAGCCACUGGGGUUGCACGUGAAUGUAUAGGGAUUGCUCUCUGGGGGCUUGUUGAGUAUAGAUAGCGUAGUUAGACUCAGGAAGGAUUUAUCCAUCUCUUGUAAUCCUGAGAGAAAUGUGCAUAAUCCCCAAUAUCAUCCAACACACGCAUGUACCAGCACAAUUUCUUGUUCUUGCCAGCUGCUGUUGAGAGAUCCACCCCUGUCUGUUUCCAUCACUCUCUUCUUAUCUACAAAUAAAUAACGUAGAAUUCCACCAAUCAGAAAUUCUAGUGAUAGAUUUUUGCUUUGUGUUUGAUUUCGGGGACAAGCUGUAAUUAUUACAGAAACUUUAUAUUGUAAUUUUAAAAAAAUGAAGUUGAUACAUUAAUGAUUUUUAGUGCUUUUGCAUUCUUGGAAACCUGAAACAUGAACAGAUUGUUGUGAAAAAAAUGAUCAAGCAAUAGACAUUUUUCUUAAGGCUUUUACUUCGGAGAUGCUGCUUUCUACUUUCACAAGCUACAUUGUGAACCCAAAACGGUGACUGAAAGGCACGCACAGACAUUGCAAUGAGAGUUUCCACGGAAUGGAGAUAGUCUGUACUCAUUUCUGAGUCACUCUUCGGUCUUUUACUUUCAUCUUUCAGUGCAACACGUGUGGAUCAGCGAGGAUCUUUUUCAGGUUUCAGAAGUGCUGCAUGAUUACAGGACCCCCUCCUCUCCUCUCCUCUCUAUCCUUUACACUCUCUUAUGUUGCAAGCCUCUUGCUGCCUUAUAUUGAUCCAGCCAUCUGAGAUCCACACAUGUCCAGACCAUGAGGUCUGUUGAGAUUGAUUUCAGAGUUUUGAGUUACGGCGGUUUGACUUGGUGGCUGCACGUCUUAUUUUUACCUUGUUUGUUUCUC